GUUUCGGGGCGGCGGGGCCGCGCCGCGGGUUCUAUGGGGAAAGCGGCCGCGCUGUGCAGCGGCAGCACCCGCGGGCUGGUCUCACUGCUCAGCGCCGUCCCUUGCUUGGCUUGCCACGAGCUGCCGGGCUCCGGUCGCCGCGCCAUGAGCGCCGAGACGGCGGGUGCGGGGAGCCGGGGCGGCGGUGGCGGAGCGGCGGCGGGGGGAGCGCCUGCAGCGCCGGGCUCCGACACCUACAAGGGCUGGCUCUUCAAGUGGACCAACUACCUGAAGGGCUACCAGCGCCGCUGGUUCGUGCUCAGCAACGGGCUGCUCAGUUACUACAGGACGCAGGCGGAGAUGGCCCACACGUGCCGUGGCACCAUCAACCUGUCCACAGCUCACAUUGACACCGAGGACUCGUGCAACAUUGUGCUGUCCAACGGGGGCAGGACUUACCACCUGAAGGCCAGCUCAGAAGUGGAGAGGCAGCGCUGGGUCACGGCGCUGGAGCUGGCCAAGGCGAAAGCCAUCCGCAUGAGGAACAACCAGUCAGAUGACUCGGGUGAUGAGGAGCCCGCCUCACAGUCAGACAAGAGUGAGCUGCACAGCACGCUGAAAACCCUCUCGAGUAAGCUGGAGGACCUGAGCACUUGCAAUGACCUGAUUGCCAAGCACGGGGCCGCCCUGCAGCGCUCGCUGAGCGAGCUGGAGAACCUGAAACUGCCAGCUGAAAGUGGUGAGAAGAUCAAGGCUGUGAAUGAGCGAGCCACGCUCUUCCGCAUCACCUCCAAUGCUAUGAUCAACGCUUGCCGUGAUUUCCUGGACUUAGCAGAAACUCACAGCCGAAAAUGGCAUCGGGCACUGCAGUAUGAGCGGGAGCAGCGGAUCCGGCUGGAGGAGACCAUCGAGCAGCUAGCCAAGCAGCACAACAGCUUGGAGAGAGCCUGCCGUGGGGCACCGGGCAGCACAGGCAGCACCGGCACUGCCAAGGGGAGUGUGCAGUCUGCCAAAGGAGAAGCCAGUGAUGAAGAUGAAGAGACGGAAUAUUUUGAUGCCAUGGAGGAUGCACCAGCUUUUAUCACUGUAACCGCAGACCCCAAGCACCACAGGCGUUCGGGCAGUAACCUGAGCGGGGCCAGCGAGGGCCACCCUGAGGACUGGAACCUGGAGGACAGCGUGAGUUGGGCAGAGUGGGUAUUUGAAAGCUCAAAUCAAAGCAGCUACAAUGAGUCCUGCAAAGAUCUCCUGCCGAGGAAAAGGAGACGGAGCCGCAUCCCUGACAAACCCAACUACAGCCUUAACCUCUGGAGCAUCAUGAAGAACUGCAUUGGCAAAGAGCUCUCCAAGAUCCCCAUGCCUGUGAACUUCAAUGAGCCACUCUCCAUGCUGCAGCGGCUGACAGAGGACCUGGAGUACCACGAGCUGCUGGACAAAGCAGUCAAGUGUGAGAGCUCCACAGAGCAGAUGUGUUUCGUGGCAGCCUUCUCAGUGUCUUCCUACUCGACGACGGUGCACCGCACAGCGAAGCCGUUCAAUCCAUUGCUGGGGGAAACCUAUGAGCUCGACAGGCUGGAGGAGCUGGGCUUCCGUUCCCUGUGUGAGCAGGUGAGCCACCACCCCCCAGCAGCUGCCCACCACGUCUUCUCCAAGCGAGGCUGGACGCUGUGGCAGGAGAUCACCAUCGCCAGCAAGUUCAGGGGCAAAUACCUCUCCAUCAUGCCUCUGGGUGCCAUCCACCUCGAGUUUCACUCCAGUGGGAAUCACUACGUCUGGAGGAAAGUCACUUCCACUGUUCACAAUAUCAUUGUGGGCAAGCUUUGGAUUGACCAGUCUGGUGAAAUAGAGAUUGUUAACCAUAAGUCAAAAGAUAAAUGCCAGCUGAAAUUUACCCCCUACAGCUACUUCUCCAGGGAUGUCCCCCGAAAGGUGACAGGGGUGGUGAGUGAUGCUGAUGGCAAAGCCCAUUAUGUCAUGUCGGGCACAUGGGACGAGAAGAUGGAGUGCUCCAAAAUCGUGCAGAGCAGCCAUGGCAGCGCCGGCUCCGAGGGCAAACAGAAAACUGUCUACCAGACGCUGUCCCCAAAGGUCUUGUGGAAGAAGUACCCCCUCCCGGAGAAUGCCGAGAACAUGUACUUCUUCUCCAGCCUGGCCCUCACCCUGAAUGAGCCCGAGGAGCGCGUGGCUCCCACGGACAGCCGGCUGCGUCCCGACCAGAGGCUGAUGGAGAGCGGCCGCUGGGACGAGGCCAACGUGGAGAAGCAGAGGCUGGAGGAGAAGCAGAGGGCUGUGCGCCGCAGGAGGGAGGCUGAGGCUGUGGAGGCCCUGGAGGAAGGCAAGGACUACGAGGGUUACAUCCCGCUGUGGUUUGAGCGGAAGGUGGAUCCCAUCACAGGGGAGCUCAUCUGCACCUACAAAGGCGGCUACUGGGAGGCCAAGGACAAGCAGGACUGGAGCUCGUGCCCUGAUAUCUUCUGAGCUGCCGUGUUUGCUCUGGUGUGGCCAACCUGCAGCAGGACAGACAGAUGGAGGGACAGCAAGGACACACGGCAGCGCCCUGCCAGUGCUUGACAGUGCAAAUAAACACACACACACAGGGAGAAAUCUGACAAAGAGAAUCUAAACAGGGAUUCCAAACCUAUUUUUUUAUGCACUAAUAAAUAGCAUCUUUUUUUUUCUUUUUUCUUUUUUUUUUUUUUUCUUUAAAUGGUGGCUUUUUCAGCUACUAAUUAGGAAAGAGGACGCGUGGCUCUGGUUCGUUUUUAGCCUCGGGUAUUUAUUGCUGUCAGGAGCUGCUGCCUGUAUCUUUCAGCACCUCGGCUGAGACAACAACUUCCAAAGAUGCUCGUGUUGUGGGAUGCCGUGCAUUUGUGUGAGCUCUUUCCUUUGGCAUCUUUUUCCCCCAUUUGUUAAAA